AUGGCUGAAAAUCCAGAUCAAAUCAGUGAAGCGUCUCGUCUGAGUCCCAGAGUAAGAAUACCAAACCUUAACCUUGAUCAAGAAGGUAUUCGGAACGAGGAUUUGAACAGACUAAGAAAUAGUCGACGAGGAGUUUUGUCCGCUAUUACGGUAAAGCAAAAUGGAAUAGUAAGCCUGUUAACGGACGAUAAGAAUCUCGAAGUUGUAAAGGCGAAAUUGCGUGACUUGGAAGAGCUAUUUCUAAAGUAUGUCGACGUACAUUACAGUUAUCAAAGGCUACUUCCAGACGAUGAAAGUCAAGAAACAGCACAACAUCAAUACGAAAGGGAAGAAAAAGUACGCCGUGAUUUCAUAAUUUCGAUACAAGAAUGGGUCCAAGUGGUAGAGUCUCGUACGCCACAUAUCGCUGAUAUUAAUCCAGAAGACUCGGUGAGCGAUGUAGGAUCGAAGGCGAGUUCUCGUAGGCUGACAAGACCAAGUUCUGUUACAAGUCGAGACGGGAGUCGCAUAUCUUCAGCUUCAGCCAGCAGAGUUAAAGAGGCUACUAGAAGAGCAGAACUUAUCGCUCAAGCCGAAUGUUUAGAGCAACAACAAGCUCUAGAACAGCAGAAGUUUCGAAUACAACAAGAGGAGAAGCAUAUGCAAUUGGAAAUGGAGAUCGCUAAAAGCGUUGCAAAGGAAAAGGUGUUGGCUGUCUUGGAGGAAAACGAACGGAGCAAGAUAAUCCAACCUGUACGGACUAAUAUACAGUCACGAUUGUCCAAGACAAAAAUUAACAGUCAAGCCAAAAGUCAACCAAGCGAGUCGAAUAAAUCAAGCCGAUCGGAAGCAUCCGGCUAUGGCGUCACGACUCUGCAAACAAUGUUGCGAUUGCAAGGUCAGCAAAAUGAUUUAAAUUUAAAGCAGAAUGAAAUCAUGAAAGGUUUUUCAGCACAACAAGAAAGAAGCUCACUGCCAAAGCCGCAAAUUCCAAUAUUUGCAGGUAAUCCUAUGGAGUAUCAGAACUUUGAACGAGCAUUUGAGAACAUAAUCGAGACUAGAAUUGCAAACGAUACAGAACGACUCUAUUAUCUUGAACAGUAUACUGCUGGCGAAGUCAAAGAAUUGGUCAAAUCAUGUCAUCAUAUGAAGCCAGAACGAGGUUAUCGCGAAGCUCGACGUUUGUUAAAGAAAAAUUACGGAAAUGAAUACAAGAUUUCAGCUGCCUACAUGGAGAAGUUAGCGAGAUGGCCUGAUUUGAAGUCAGAGGAUAAUGCAGCCUUGCAUAAACUUUUUAUAUUCCUUUUAUGUUGCAAGAAUGUUAUGACAACCAACGCAUAUCUGAAUAAAUUCGAAAGUGCUGACAGCUUGCAAUAA